AUGAAUAUUAUAUUCAUCCACCCUGAUCUGGGGAUCGGCGGUGCAGAGAGGCUUGUUGUUGAUGCCGCAAUGGCCCUGCAACCUGGAAAUCAGGUCACCGUGUAUACAUCUCACUGCGAUAAGUCGCACUGUUUUGAGGAGGUCGCCUCAGAUCGGCUGAGGACAAAAGUGCACGGGGAUUUCUUGCCAACGCAUAUUUUGGGGAAGUUUGCGAUUCUGUUUGCAUUUCUGCGCCAGUUGUACCUGGUCUCUGUGCUCGUGCUCAAUGGGACCCUUAAAAAAACUGACGUGGUGUUUGUCGACCAGCUAUCUUACUGUCUUCCAUUGAUCUACCUAUUCAGGGGCCCACAAACAAAAAUCAUAUUUUAUUGCCAUUUCCCAGAUAAGCUGCUUGCGUCCCACUCGGGGCUAAUUAGAAAAAUCUACAGGUUGGUAUUUGAUGCUAUAGAGGAGUUUUCAAUGAGGUUCGCAGAUAAGGUACUUGUCAACUCAGAGUUCACGAAAAAGACGGUUGAAAAAGAAUUCAAAAGCCUGAGAACCGAAUCUUUCAAUGUGGUGUAUCCCUGCGUAGGCGAUCUCUCUCUAGAAGAGGCGUCUCUCAAAGAGGUGGACAACUUUUUCAAAGAGAGUCCAUUCUUUCUGUCCAUAAAUCGGUUCGAGAGAAAAAAGAACAUUUCCUUGGCAAUCAAAAAAUACCACGAAUUCAUUACCAAGACCGAAUCGGAUCAUAAGCUUGUCAUCGCGGGUGGGUACGACCCCCGUGUAUUCGAAAAUGUGCAUUACUUGAUAGAGCUCGAGUCACUUUGCGAGAGACUUAGCCUGCCUUCGAUCACCAUCAGAGGAAAGCUCAUUGUGGCUCCUAGAAAUACAAAGGUUUUUUUCCUGCCUUCGGUCAGCAGCGCCACCAAAAAUGCGCUUCUUGCCAGAUCUCAGCUGUUGAUAUACACGCCCUCGUUUGAGCAUUUUGGAAUUGUUCCUGUUGAGGCUAUGAGGCUUGGAAAACCCGUCCUUGCGGAAGCUACCGGCGGCCCUACCGAGACUAUCGUGCCGUAUGACAACAAAGAGUUCACAGGGUACCUUGUCGAGCUUGUGGAAGACCGCUGGGUAGAGUACUUGGAACAUGUCCAGACGUUAACGGAAACUGACCUUAAACAACUUGCCAAACGGGCCCAGGACCGUGUCGAGAAGCUCUUUUCGUCUAAGGCCAUGGCCGUCAGCCUGAACAGGGCAAUUGAGGAGUGCAAGCCAACGAAACAUAACGGCCAACUGAUAUUGUUCGCGUUGCUGGCAUUAAGCUUGGGAGCUACAGUCAAGUUCAUAAAGGGCGCUUGAUUUAUUUAGACUAUAGAAGAGCCAUCACUCUGUGUCGGUUACAAUAACCUCCUCCUCGCGCCGCUUCAGUGAACGGAACCAGUCCAGGAGAGUCUUGAGUUUCUCCAUGGUGAUCGGAUACUCGAUGAUAUAGUCAAAGACACCCGUGUUGACUGCAUCGCGGUAGAAAGAUGUCAGGGCAACACAUAUUGUUUCCGAGUUAGCAGUGGAGGUAUGUUUAAUUAGUUUGACAAGGUCAGGACAAUCGAGCUUGUGGAGUUCUGUCGAGGUCAGGAUCAGAUCGAAUUUUAUGUCUGCGGUGGCCCGUUUGAUUAGCUCAGUCCCAGAAGAGACAGCCACAACGUCACAGCCAAGACGGUUGAGAUUGUUCUCGAUAGAGUAACGAUGAAUAGGAAUAGGCUCGCACAAUAGAACGUCGAAAUUAAUCAUCAUGUUCUGUAGCGCAUGCGAGGCUUCGUCUGUAGCAGAUGACGAGGUGCGAAGUGCCCGUUUCGAUGUUCGUUUUCUUCUUUGGUACAAGUGGCCCGAGCGGUCCUCGUUGUCGGACGAGGAAGGUGAGAAGUCACUCACUGUCCUGGAGAAAGACUUGGACAACAAACGUGCAGCAGGGGAGUUUGAAUCGGUGCUGUAUCCCUUCCUGUGCACUGCACGGGACACAGGAGACCCCUGUUUCAUCUCAUCAGAAGCAUCACUAGCCAAGGAAGCGUGGCGCAGAAGAGGCGAGAUUUUCUCUUUCACAGUACUUGGAGACGAUGGGCGUUUGAAAGGGGUCAAGAGUUGUCCACUGGCAGAAGACAGACCACGCGGACGAGUUGCCAGAGGAACAACUGUGGCACCAGGAGUAGCAGGCGCCGAUGGUGAGCUUUCCAUAGAGCUUGAGGACGGCGCGAAGUGUUCGAUAUGCUCAUUUUUCAGUCUGUUGAUGACAUCCUUAUUCUGCUUCUCCAGCAUGGCAAGGUUUCUGAAGUGGAAAGAGCCAAAUUCGGAAGAGCCGCCGCUAUCGUUCAGUCUUGAGCCCCUUCUUUCUCUUUGUGCCGUCACACAGCCCUUGGAGAAACUGGUUUUGGGUGAAUCGAGUGUGGUUGAAGAGGAGCUGGACGUGACUGGCAGAGUGUUUGCGUCCAGUGUUGCUUCUGGAUUGUCAUCCUCGUUGAGCUCCUCCUGAGGGAAUGCGCUGAGCUGUGCUCCUCGGUCGUCAAAGUACUCAGUGGAUUCCGGGUCGACGCUGCUCGGAACAAACGAGGCCUCCUCAAUGAAUAGUGUAUCCCAGUUGAUGCCUUUGAAAUAAGGGUGCUGCAUUAUUUCAUGAGAUCCACCACUUCCAAGUCUCUGGGUUGGAUCUUUCACAAGCAGCUGGGUAAUCAGGUUUUUAGCAGCAAAAGAGCAAUACUCCUGAAAUUCAUCGGGAGGUAGAUUGGGCCAUUGGAUUUGGCCGUGGAGAAUAUUUUCAAAAACUUCCUUUGGACUGUUCCCAGCGAAUGGAGGAACCCCGAACAGAAACUCAAACAGGAUGCAUCCAAUAGACCACCAAUCACUAGCUUCAUCUUGGCCCAAACCAGCAACCGUCUCGGGUGCUAGAUAAUCAGGCGUUCCAACAAACUUUCGAGUCUCUGCUGACUUUUGAGGAUCGAAGAGAGCAUAAUUGGUAAUUUCUGUUUGCGUAUCCUCCUUAUUAAGGGCGAAGUACGGUUGCAACGUUGAUCUUCUGGUCAGCGGGCGUAGCAAAGGAGAUGAGCUGCCACUUCCAAGAGUCACGGGCUCGACGUCCUCAAAUGAAGGAAGUGAGCUUGUUGUCGGUGUAACAAGCGGCGAACAUGGCGAUAGCGAAAACGGAGCGAUGCUCGCAGUUUUCUUGGUCACCAACGAAGCCGCUUGCGGAUUGACAAACGGAUCUUCAAUGACGUCCGAAUGAGGGUCUUUCUGUCUUUUGACCAGUCCCAUUCGACUGAGACCAAAAUCUGUGAGCUUGAUAUGCCCGUUGCGAUCGAUAAGUAAAUUAUCUGGCUUUAGGUCACGGUGGACGAUACCACGGGAAUGCAAGUCGUCAACACCAACAAUCACCUCUGCAAUGUACCUCCGUGCCCAAAUUUCAGGAAGAUAUCCCAUAUUCUUCAAAAGGGUAGCCAGAUCACCCCCGUUGAGAUAUUCCAUCACCAAGUACAAAUAAUUGUUACUCUGGAACGUUGCAACAAGCUGAGCCACAUAUGGCGAGUUAGCUUGCGCCAUCAAAAUGGCCCUUUCGGCUUUCACAUUUGUAACCUGGUUCUUGGCCACCAUAUCUGCUUUCUUGAGCACCUUGAUAGCAAAGUAUUCUCCGGUCAACCGUCUCUUGGCAAGGAACACAG